AGCACAGCUGUGUAGCUCCCCAGUUAGGAAGAUGUUUUCAGACGGAUCAUUGAAGAAAACCUAAUGAUGAUCAGAAGUGUAACAGGGGUAAAGCACCGCUCAGAUCCAGGAGCUCCGGUUCAGCCAAAGGACGAUGAUUCCCGUGACCGAGUUUCGCCAGUUCUCGGAGCAGCAGCCAGCAUUCAGGGUGCUGAAACCCUGGUGGGAUGUGUUCACGGACUAUCUCUCCGUUGCCAUGCUGAUGAUCGGUGUGUUUGGGUGCACGUUACAGGUCAUGCAAGACAAGAUAAUAUGCCUUCCGAAGCGCGUACAGCCUUGCCAGAACCAAUCUAAUAGUUCAAAUGUGUUUAACACAAUCCCAGAUACAACCCCCCUUCCUCCACCCAAGCCAUCCACCCCUCCAGCUACAGUUGAAAUGAAAGGACUGAAGACUGAUUUGGACCUUCAGCAGUACAGCUUUAUAAAUCAGGUGUGCUAUGAACGUGCUCUGCACUGGUAUGCCAAGUAUUUCCCUUAUCUCGUCCUUAUACACACACUGGUCUUCAUGCUGUGUAGUAACUUUUGGUUCAAAUUCCCUGGAUCGAGCUCCAAAAUUGAACACUUCAUUUCAAUACUUGGGAAAUGUUUCGAUUCUCCCUGGACAACAAGAGCCUUAUCCGAAGUGUCAGGGGAAGACUCUGAAGAGAAAGAUAACAGGAAGAACAACAUAAGCAAGUCUAAUACUAUCCAGCCAAGCACUGAAGGCACUUUGGUCAAGACACAGUCUUUAAAAUCAAUCCCUGAGAAGUUAGUUGUGGAUAAGGGAACACCUGGGGCAUUAGAUAAGAAAGAAGGUGAACAGGCCAAAGCACUGUUUGAAAAGGUGAAGAAAUUUAGACUGCAUGUUGAGGAGGGUGAUAUACUCUAUGUCAUGUACGUUCGCCAGACUGUCCUUAAGGUAAUUAAAUUCCUUAUUAUUAUUGCUUACAAUACAGCACUUGUCUCAGAAGUUAAUUUUACAGUAGUCUGUAACGUUGAUAUUGAAGACAUGACAGGAUAUAAGAAUUUUUGCUGUAAUCACACGAUGGCACAUCUGUUCUCUAAACUUUCUUACUGCUACCUGUGCUUUGUAAGCAUCUAUGGCCUCACAUGCCUUUAUACCCUAUACUGGUUGUUCUACCGUUCACUGAAAGAAUAUUCUUUUGAAUAUGUUCGGCAAGAGACAGGAAUUGAUGAUAUCCCAGAUGUCAAGAAUGACUUUGCUUUUAUGCUUCAUAUGAUCGAUCAGUAUGAUCCUCUCUAUUCCAAGCGGUUUGCUGUCUUCCUGUCCGAAGUCAGUGAAAAUAAGCUGAAACAGCUGAACCUAAACAAUGAGUGGACUGCAGAUAAACUGCGACAGAGGCUACAGACGAACUCCCAUAGCCAUUUGGAGCUACAGCUUUUCAUGCUCUCUGGACUACCAGACACAGUUUUUGAAAUUACUGAGCUGCAGUCAUUAAAACUUGAGAUAAUUAAUAACGUAAUGAUACCAGCAACCAUUGCACAGUUGGACAAUCUCCAGGAGCUCUCGUUGCACCAGUGCUCUGUGAAGAUCCACAGUGCCGCCUUGGCAUUUCUGAAGGAGAACCUCAAGAUCUUGAGCGUCAAGUUUGAUGAUAUCAGAGAACUUCCACACUGGAUGUAUGGCCUCAGAAAUUUGGAAGAGCUCUAUUUAAUUGGCUCUCUAAGUCACGAUAUUUCCAAGAACAUUACACUGGAGUCUUUUCGGGAGCUUAAAAGCCUUAAAGUUCUUUACAUAAAAAGUAAUUUGUCCAAAAUCCCACAAUCUGCAGUCGAUGUUUCUAGUCACCUGCAAAAAUUGUGCAUCCAUAAUGAUGGCACUAAGUUAGUGAUGCUCAACAACCUGAAGAAGAUGGUCAACCUGACACAGCUGGAAUUGGUUCAUUGUGAUUUAGAGCGUAUACCGCAUGCAGUCUUCAGCCUUCUUAGUCUUCAGGAAUUGGAUCUAAAGGAAAACAACCUCAAAUCCAUUGAAGAAAUAGUAAGUUUUCAACAUCUGCGAAAACUGACAAUCCUAAAGCUGUGGUACAACAGUAUAACGUACAUCCCAGAGCAUAUAAAGAAACUCACUAGUCUCGAGCGGCUUUCCUUCAGCCAUAACAAAAUAGAGGUUCUUCCAUCCCACCUAUUCCUAUGCAACAAAAUCAGAUAUUUGGAUUUGUCUUAUAAUGACAUUCGCUUUAUCCCACCUGAAAUAGGAGUUCUGCAGAGUUUACAGUACUUUUCCAUUACUUGCAACAAAGUGGAGAGCGUGCCAGAUGAACUAUACUUUUGCAAAAAACUUAAGACUCUAAAAAUUGGGAAAAAUAACUUGUCAGUCCUCUCACCUAAAAUUGGUAAUUUGGUAUUCCUCUCCUACUUGGAUAUUAAAGGCAAUCACUUUGAAAUCCUCCCACCUGAGCUCGGUGAAUGUAGAGCUCUGAAGCGGACUGGUUUCACUGUAGAGGACACCUUGUUUGAAACGUUGCCUUCUGAUGUCAGGGAACAAAUGAAAGCUGAAUAACUAACUUCCUCUCGCUCAGUUUUACAGAAAUAAUGCUUCUACCAAAUACACUGUAGAAAGUGCAUACUCCGAAUAUGCAUUUAGUUUGUCAUUAUUUUUUUUCUUUUUCAAACAAAUCCUUUCUGUACAAACAAAUUUGGAGUAAGGAGUACAUAUAUUUUUAAAUAAAAUUUUCUCGUAUUUUUUCACUGUUUUAAGAUAUUUUUUAAGUUUGUUUUGCCCUGAGAACAAGGGUGUCUGUAACUUAAUUUUUACUGGUGAAAGUAAAUGGUUUUAUCUGCUGAUUUUUUUUUCCCUUUGCCUAAUCCCAACAGGGGAACUGUGUUUAAGAUGUAUGCUUUGGGUUGCAUAAUUUGUAAUAGAUGAUUAUAUUGUCUUCCUGGUUUAUCGUUAAUCCCUUAGGACAUGGUCUUCAAUGGGUGGUGCUGCACGUGUUGAAUGCCUUGUUUCCUCUUCAGUGGCAGGAGAAGGUGUUCAACAUCCAACAAGAUCAGAUCUGGGUUGACCAUCCUUUUUUGUUUAUGACAUGGUUUUCUCAGAUGGUCAAAGCAAGUAGAAAACGUUCUCUAUGUAUUUUAAUGGGUCAGAGGGAGCAUGCAGAACUCCUUCAGGGCCUUUUGGCAAGUUCAGUCUAGCUGUCCAUUCACACACUGCGCCGAGUAGGAGGCACUGACUGCGAUUUCCUCUCUGGUGCGGGAAGAGUAAGGUCAGUUCACAGAGGAGUCAGGACCAAAGCGACUCACGUUGAAGAUUUUCCAAACAGUGCAAAGGGAUGCGGCUGCCCAUUUCCUGCUAACUUGAACGGAGGGGGUGCAAUGAACUCACUGCGUUGGAAACAUCAACCCAGCGAGAUGAAACACUCUCUAGAAAAAUCCCCAUCAUCCACUAAACACCCCGUCCUGCAAGGGAGAAAGUGCCCUCUGCCCCCCUCAGUUCACUUCCCCAUUGCGACGCUUGGCACCUUGAGGGAAUGGGAUCCAGAAAAAGUGCAAUCAUGUUUAGUUUGUAAAGCUUCUGACAAGGAAAUAGCAUCUAAUACACUCCUUAAUUGAGCUUGGGUAUCAUAUAACCAAGCUCAGCACAGGAACAUUUGCAGAUUUGCAAAAAUGAGAUUAAAUGACUACAUUAACUUCUCAAAAGUCUCAGCCUACCAGAGGAUGGUGAUGAAGGCUAUGUUUUCAUCUCCCAGAUAGUAAUUAAAUCAGAAUUCAUACAGUUGGAAGUCUGCUUUUUAAAAUAAUGUAAUAAUCCGUAGUGAUUAUGCAUCAGGUUGGGAACUUUAUCCUCUGAAGCCAUGUUCAGUUGUUUAUUUAAUCCAGCCAUUUGCUUUCUUUUAGGCAAGUUUGGCAGGUAUAUGAUAACUCACGUGCGGCUCACAAGCUAAUUUAAGCUAAUAAAAAAUAACCGUAUGAUACUAAAAUAUUUUGCUGGGAGGACAUCUCUUCAUCCUAUCCAGCAACACAUAUUUGAGUCAGAUGCAGGCACUGGAUAAAGGCUUCGCAAGAAUAGCUAGAAAUAAGUACUUCUUUCUCUAGGAGGCAACACUGUUCUUAAAUUGCAGAGGUUGAGUUGCUAAUUGUUUAAAGUUAUGUAAAAUAAUUGUUUGAUGAUUGUCAGGUUGGUUGCUCUUAAAUGUUUUCUGCCUGUUGAGUGUCUUGAGCUACAGUUAAUCUGAGUUCUUGAGCUUGGUACAAAAGCAUACUGUUGUUUUAAGAGUCUGACUUACAAAGGUGGGGAGGCGAACUAAAAUGAGAAUUUCCUCAUUAAUCCGGGGUGUGCUAUGCAAUCUGGUAUGUGGGCUUGCCACAGUACCAAGUCAGACUUAUUUUUUGCGCUUGGCUAUGUUCUGGAGAAGAUCCAUGUGAUUAAUCAAAAAUGGGUCAGGCAUGAAGGAAUCAAAGCAAGCUUUUUUGAAGGGGUUUGAUUUAGUUCUGUUAAAGACCUCUAACUGAUGUAGCUAUUGCAAGAGCUACUCUUAACUCGUGUAUGGAAUGCACUUAUUGGAACAGCUUGGCAGUAUAUAUAUUCUAAAUGUAUUUCACUUUGAUGUAAUGUGAGGGAGAGAAAUGUUUCAUUGCUCAUAUUAGCCUAAUUAUGUAAACCAAAGUGCUGUUGUCCCUGAUGAAUGUAAACUGUUUAAAAUGUCCAAGUAAUCCGUGGAGCUGUAUAGUUCUCUUACUUAGAUUUGAAAUAUGGGAUUACAUUUGAAGUUUUUUAAAAAAAUCUUUAUAUACCUAGAUGUAGCAUUUUAAAUCCCUAAUUUAUUUUGUGUCUAAUGUUGUUUCAUGUGUAGGUUGUGGUCUAUUUUCUGAAUGGAAGUUGUGCACACCUCAUAACUGAAGGUUGGAGACUUGUUCUAUGCCAUUUUUGUAAAUACGUCACUUAGGGGAUGUUGGGGUUUUGUUUGUUACUGAUUAUGCUUAUACCAGUGCAACCCCUCAUGUGGACACAGUUACAUGAGUAUGAAGUGCCUUGUGCUGGCAUAUCUUUAUUCACUUUGAUAGGAAUAAACUAUACCGGUCUAAGCACUUUUGCACUAAUAACUGUAUCUUCUCCAAGGGUUUGGUCUGCUGAGACAGCUUAGUCAAUCUAAGAGCUCACUGCCACCAAAAAGGGGCAGUUUGCUCCUCCUCAUAUGCUCCCUGUUCCUGCCAACAUGUUCCAGCUGUUUCUCUUGUACCUUUACUGGUCUGGUGCUGGUCUGAUCCCUUCACAGGACAAAUCAACUUUUUAAGCCAGCAGAAAACUAAGCCAGUUGAAAAAAGGGACUAAUUUUCUGGUGGAUCAGCUCUCCAAAGGAUCAGAUGGACACUAGGGUGGGAGUAGCAAGGAGGCAGGACUCUGCAGCCAGGGUCUGGGCAAGGACAGGGUGGGACAAGUCACUCUGAAGGUGCUGAGCUGCUAGGUCAGUUCAUCACCUUGCUGAGCCACGUGCUUGGAGAGCUGUGCUGUUUUAUCUGUAGCAGAGUUAGGCAGCAUGGCUUUUGUGGGUGGACAACCCUCAGACUCGCAGUGAACGAAAUAUCACAUUACUCUUUGCUUAAACUUAAUGAAACAAACUCAGGUAGCUGCACUGUUGACUUUUCUAAACUUCUUACUGUCUGGUCUGUGGGGUGUAUUUUCCAAAACCAUAUUACAGUAUUUUAGAAAUGCGUCAGCUAAGAGAAGAUUGUUUCCUAAUUCUGUAUGACAUCCAGGAAAAUAUGUAAAAGUGCCAUAUUUACUCAGUGAUUCAUGUACUGCUCAUAUGUAUAUUCACAUGCAAUGCAUACUAGACUUUUCUGUGACCUAUAGUAUUUGACUUAGAAUGGAUGGACAUUUUGUGGAAAUACUUUAGGCAUGGUUUGUAUAUAUAUAUACACAAAGAGUUUAUAUAACUACUUACAUUAAUCAGGUGCCUAACAAGUACGACAAUUCCAGAAUAUAAGCAAGGCAUUUUACAUUACUGCUCAAAAAUAAUACAAAUCUUCCUUGGUAACGGAAGCAGAGAUGACAAAGAGUGCAUAAAAAAUAAGAAGACAGCCUUAAUAGUACAUGAAGCCUGAAAAGCAAAUCUACUUUGUGGUCAAAAUCUGGAGAUGUGCAUCUCCCCUUUUGUCAAAAUUAGGAUGGAUGUUUGUGCUGACCUCUUGCAUCUAACCAGCUAACAACUUUUGCAAAUUCUGAUUGGAAAGCACCUGCUCCAAGUCUCAUAUCACAUUUCUGGCACUUCCAAUAAUUCGUGUGCUUAAGUGAUGACGAGCCCUGUAAGAAUGCCAAGGAAAAACUUUGAAAUUUGACCAAAUGGACAAACUUCUUAAUUCUGUAGCAAGAAUCUUAAUAUGAUAAUAGACCUGCGUAGUGUUCCGUUGCAAUAUAGUACACCCAGAAAAAAUGGAAAUAAAAUCCUCUUUUGUAAUAAUGAA